CACAGAAUUCGGUGUAACACCGGAAGAGAACCAGUGGAACCCGAAAAGGCGGAAACGUCACUGCAGUAGGAAAGGAAGAUGGAUGCAUUUAAUAAACUUAAACAAUUUGAUGCCUAUCCAAAGACUCUAGAAGAUUUUAGAAUCAAAACGUGUGGCGGGGCAACAGUAACAAUCAUCAGUGGGCUUAUUAUGCUGAUCCUGUUUGUCUCAGAGUUGCAGUAUUAUCUUACCAAAGAGGUCCACCCUGAACUCUUUGUGGAUACCUCAAGAGGAGACAAGCUAAAGAUUAACAUUGAUUUCAUAUUUCCUCAUAUGCCAUGUGCUUAUCUGAGCAUUGAUGCCAUGGAUGUAGCAGGAGAGCAGCAGCUGGAUGUGGAGCACAACCUCUUCAAGAAGAGACUGGAUAAGGAUGGCAAAUCCGUCACUGCUGAAGCAGAGAAACAUGAUUUGGGCAAAGAAGAGGGUGAGAUUUUUGAUCCUAGUACGCUGGAUCCAGAUCGCUGUGAGAGCUGCUAUGGAGCAGAGACAGAAACUUUGAAGUGCUGUAACACGUGUGAUGAUGUGCGUGAGGCAUACCGUCGACGUGGCUGGGCCUUUAAGACACCCGACACCAUUGAGCAGUGCAAGAGAGAGGGCUUCAGUCAGAAAAUGCAAGAGCAAAAGAAUGAAGGUUGCCAGGUCUAUGGAUUCCUCGAGGUCAAUAAGGUUGCUGGCAAUUUCCACUUUGCGCCUGGAAAGAGCUUUCAGCAGUCUCAUGUUCAUGUUCAUGCUGUGGAAAUUCAUGAUUUGCAGAGUUAUGGACUGGAUAAUAUCAACAUGACCCAUUUGAUUAAACAUCUUUCAUUUGGAAAAGAUUAUCCUGGAAUUGUCAACCCACUAGAUGAAACUAAUGUUGUAGCAACACAAGCGUCAAUGAUGUACCAGUACUUCGUGAAAAUAGUCCCAACAGUUUAUGUAAAGGGAGACGGAGAGGUGGUGAAAACAAACCAAUUUUCAGUGACCAGACACGAAAAAAUAGCCAAUGGGCUAAUUGGGGAUCAGGGCUUGCCUGGUGUAUUUGUGUUGUAUGAGCUCUCACCCAUGAUGGUCAAAUUCACAGAGAAACAGCGGUCAUUCACUCACUUCCUAACUGGAGUGUGUGCUAUUAUAGGUGGUGUUUUCACAGUUGCUGGACUCAUCGAUUCUUUAAUAUACCACUCAGCAAAAGCCAUACAGAAGAAGAUUGAGUUGGGAAAAGCUUCGUAGCUAUGUAUCUGAAGCUGCUGUGAAGAAUUGUGUAACACCUUUAUUUGUUGAAAGAGAGAAUGUCAAGCUAUUUGUGUGUGUAUCAGGCCACAAGGAACACUUUGUUGACAGAUGGUCUUUCCACUGUACACACACUGGAACCUCACUGAACUUUUCACGUUAAUGAAGAAACCAACUGGCCUUCACAUGUAACUGGACACCAGUGAUGUUCAUUAUGACAAUGAAUAAAACAGAAUUGUACAUUAAAUUGAAAAAUACUUUUAGUACA